AUGGAGUCCACACCAGUGGAGAACAAAGCGAUGGAAACGGUUCCUCGCUCGGAGCCGGGGGACGGGCGCGCAGCGCCGCACGAGGCGUCGGUGGCCGAAGCCUCCGGUGUACGCACGGAGACGCCUGAGCAGUCGACUCCAGGGGGGGGAGCGAGGCUGGGAGACGGCGGAUCUCUGGAGCCUCCAGAAGAGAAAGAAGGCUCGCAGGGCAACUCAACUGCGUCGGCGUCCGAGCCCGAGUGGCGAUGCCCCAUCUGCCUCGUCGUCAACGCCUCCACAGACCUAACCUGUCCUUGUUGUGAAGGACCGAAACCUGGAAUUGCCCCUGUUUCGUCUGCUUCGGGGCGCGCGUCGAGUGGAGCGUCUCCGUUUGCCCCUACGGCGGGUUCGGGUUUCCACCUCGUCUCGAGCGUCUCUGCUUCAGCCUUCCCGCAGGUUGGGGAGGCGUCUGGAGCCGCGCGAAGAAGCGAGGGCUUUCGCCCCGACCUGUCCAGCGCGCCCGGCUUUUCUGCUGGGCCGGUGCGAAUCGGCGAAAACGUUUCUCUCUGCACCACACAGCCGUUCGUUUUCGGGCAGAGCGGCUGCGCAGUCGGCGCGACAGCUGCGGUCGAGGAGAAGAAGAGACGGCCUUCAGGCUUCGUCCCCGUCUUGCCUGCGUCUUCCCCAGAGAGCAAGGAAGAACAAACCUCUCCCCACAACGUGGCAACCUGCGACGGAGACAAGACGGCUGCGGACGGCGAGAAAGAGAACGAGAAUGCCGAGGAGAAAGAGGAGCGCGAGAGGUUGGCGGUGAGGCUGGUGAAGCCCGUGGAGGCUGAGGGGAAGAAGUCUGUGCAAGUCCCGACUGCGCAGGUGUUCAUGUUCGGCUCGGGAGAGAUGGACCAAAUGCCCUUUUGGGUCGGCGUCGAAGAAGAAGAAGAUCGGGAAGUUGUGAAGCCGCGACGCGUCACGGAUUUCGACGGUAAACCCGUCGUCCGAGCAGCGAGCGGCGCAAUGCACUCAGCUGUCUUGACAGCUGACGGCCGCUGCUGGACGUUCGGGUGUAGCGACGGCGGAGCUCUCGGCCGAGGCGACGACCUCGGCGACGACGCGCUUUCGCCAGCGGUUGUGCCUGUCGGCGGUUCAGUGAGCGCAGUCGCGUGCGGCGACAGUCACACGGCCUUCCUCACGCGACACGGCAGACUCUACCUGGCAGGGACGUAUCGGGAUUCGUACGGCGCCCUGGGCUUCCCCGACUUUGCCGGCGCAGCCAGCGGCGGAGCGCCGGCGUUCAUCGCGCACCACGCACUCCCUGCUCUCGUCUUCUCUGGGUUCGAUCGCCCGCGCAUUUCCCAAGUGGCGUGCGGAGAGAACCACACGGCGGCGUUGGAGGCCGGCGGGGGAGCCUUCUACGUGUGGGGUAGCAACGAGUUCGGUCAACUCGGCGUCUCCUCCUCGAGGUCGGCGUCCUCAGCUGCGCAGGCUGGCGACUCGACAGACGCGCAAGUCGCCCCGCAGGGCGGCGAGGCGGCGCUGAGAGACAAACUGGAGUUUCUGCGACCGAUGCGGCGCACGCUCGCGGAAGUCCCUGCCGCGAUUCCCGACCGCCUUGUCCAGCACAUCUUUUGCGGAAGAUGCACAACCUUCCUCGCCCUCGGCUCGGCCGCAAGCGGGGACGAGGCGAAGGACGAGCGAAACGGCGACGUGGGCAUCGCCCGAGAGGAGAGGGAAGAAGUCGAGCGCGCGCUUCUCGGAUGCGGCCGAAACAGCCAGGGAGAAGUGGGCUGCGGUAGCGCAGAGGGACCGGUCGUGGAUCACUUUGUCGAGGUGAAAAAACUGCGAAACACGCCGCUGAAAUUCGUCGGCGGGGGACAGUUCUUCUCCGUCGCCCUCCGCACGGACGGCCUCCUGUACACCUGGGGGCAAAGCGACUUCACAGGCCACGGCUGCUCGAAGAGCUACGGCAUGGUGGAGGAACCUCAGAUUCUGGAGAAACUGGAAAGACACCCGCUGCGCUGGGUGCAGUGCGGCAGCGAUCACUGCGUCGCAGUCACGGAGGCGGGGUGUCUGUACACCUGGGGCGCGGGCCAGAACUUCCAGCUGGGAAACGGCCAAGACGUGGAAAUCCGCCCGUCGCGCCACGCCUGGCCGUCUUCGUCGCUGCUCAAGAGACGCACGCCGAUCCCCACACCGCUGGUGGUGUCUUGUGUGGAUGUGACUGAGGCGCACGGCGGUUCGCAGCACAGCAUGGUCCUGUGCUGGAGCGGCGAGUACGCGACGGAAAACGCGGAGGAGGAAGACCAGGAGGUAACGGCGAGGCGCAAACGCCAGCGCCCCGACACCGACGAAGAAGAAGAAGACGACGCCGAGAGAGAGUCGAAAAGAAGACGCUCGUCAGCGCUGGAAACCUGCGCGGAGGCAGCCGCGCCAGGCGCUUUGCGUGCGAGCGACGCCGCGCAGGUUUCCAGCGCGGAGAACGGCGAGAAGGCGGCGACGAGCGAAGAGACCGCCGUCUCGAAACAGGGAAGAGACGCGGUGAAGGCGGAGGCUGUCGCGCCUGCCGCGGCCGAGGGAGCAGAAGCUGAGCUCGGCGGGGGAAGGACCGCUGAGAGAACGGGCGACGCGUCGCAGGAGCCUGCAGAGACCGGAAGUCUCGACGACGAAAAGGGAGCGAGCGGCGUGUCCCCGAGCGGAGGCAACAAGCGACCGCGCUCUGCGAAGAAAGGAGAGAAGGACGCGAAGGGAGAGGAGGACAAGAGAGAAGCGGAAGAGGAGGCAGGGGAGGGGCAGGAAGAGAAGAACGCAGCGGAGGAGGCCGCGGACGAGCAAGACGCUGCGCCGUCGGGCACUGCGGACGAAGAACCGGAAGAGGACGUGGAAGUGGAUCUCACGGAGAGUGUCGGAGGGCGGAAACCGAGCAAGAGAAGGCUGUCGGUUCGUCCGGGAAGUGCAGCUGCGGCGACUCCGCGCGCGCAGUCCCGCGGCGGCCGCGGCCUGGGGGCUCAGGACAGGCGGUCGGGGCGACACGCGGAGAAAACGGAGACAGGGCGGGGCGAGUCGCAGGCGAAGAAGGCGCCCGCAGGCCGCCCGGCGGCGAAGGCGCGCGCGGCUCCAAGUGGAGGAAAAGGCAAGGCUGCAGCCGCGGAGGCGAAGAAGGGCGGUCGGGCCGGCGCGGCAGCAGCGAAGCGAGAAGAGAAGUCGACAGGCACGCGGGGCAAGAGAGACAGUUUGCGUCCGCAGUCGCGAGCGCGCGCGGAGAAAGCGAAGCCCGAGAAGAAAGGGCGGCAGAAAGUGGCCGGGAAGAAGGAAGACGGCAAGGCUCCAGCGAAGAGAGCGACGAAGACCACUGCGAAGGCGGCGCCGAAACGAGCAGCGAAGGGGACGAAGAGCGCGAGUUCGGGAGUCAGCGUGAAGAAAACGAUCCAGAAAAAGACAGAAAGACCGAAAACGCCGACGCCGAAGAGAGCUAGUGGGAAGGCCGCAGCAAAGAAACGGCCACACAGUCGAUAG